UAUUUUUUAUAUAUUUAUAUUUAUUAUGGUUAUUGUCAGGUUUAACAGUAGGGAUAAGCAAUGGAAUGUGAACACACUAUUAUAAAUGGACAUGCAUGCUUGUAUAUUUCACGACGUGAAUACAGCGAGCGAGAGUCGGGCUACUGCCGUGGUAGUGGGCCUUCUUCCCUAAGCGUGAUGUCAUAGCGCCACGUGAUCUACAAGUACAAUUAGAACGCAACAGAUGACGCGCGGAGCGCGUUUGGAUCACAUCGAUUUAUUCUAACAGUUAUUCCUACCUUUACAAUCUUUCUUCUUGUCCAGAAUAAUAUUUCAAGAAGUUCACAAAUUAUGAAAACUGGUACAGAACUGGUACACAACUGGUACACAAUGAUGCUUACAAUUAAGUCAGCUACGAAACAUGAAAUGUCAGCCGACGUGUUCGAGCUCGAAACCAAUCUAACUCUUGACGCUCGCACUCUUUGCCUAAAAUAAGUGAGGUACGAAAACGCGCGUAAACGUUGACAACACGCGACGACGAAUAUUUCAUUUGUUUAUUGACUAAACAAUGCAGCGCGCGCAAGAAGACUAGAGAUCAGGAGGACGGACUGCCUGUCGAUCGGUAAAUGGACGGCGCCAUCAUCCAUUUACCGAUCUUGAAUCCGUCUUCCUUAUCUCUAGUCUUCUUAGCGCAGCAGAAAUUGCGCGCAUAACCGUAUGGCAGAAUUAAAGGCAUCGUCUGAACAGGCCCUUAGUUGAAGAUUGACGUUGAUGAAAAAUAAAGAUGUCCUACAGUCGAAUUGAAAAAUACCGAGCACUGAAGCGCCAAAGAAGAGAAAGUGAUAGUAGUUUUGAAAGAAAUAAUGAAUUUAGAUCUGAGCCAAGUGCAAAUACAUCAGACAAGAGUAUUUCACAAAAUACGAGCACGAGCACGGACAACGAGCAAGCAGUAAAAACUAAGGACGUAACUAACUUUUCAGAAACCAGGUAAGCGCAAUGCAAUUUUUUAAUUGUUUUGUAGGUAUCAAUUCUUUCCGAAAAAAAAUAAAUGUGAAAGAUUUUCCAGCAGGACUUAAUGCUUUGCGGUUGGCCUUCCCCUUGUUAAACAUUCUAAAAAGAAAGAAAACAUUUUCCUGGCAUAUAUAAUAUCGUCAUACUCUACUGCUUAUGUUUUAGAUCGAUCGUGGAUGUUCACAUAUCAGAAGCAUCUUCCAGCUCAGAAUUCGAUAGCAAUAAUGAAUAAACAGAAUCAUGUCCAAUAUCUGUUGCGAGUGAACAUACAUGUAUGGAACUGCUCAACACUCCUGGUGACCAAAGAUUCUUGAAAGAAAAACUGCGAGACUGUGCCAUAAAGCAUGUAAACCAUAUCACACACAGUUUUUUAAAUGAUCUUUUGUAUAUUCUGCGGUCUGAAGGUCAUACAGAUCUACCAAAAACUGCGGAAACUUUGUUGCGUACGCAAAGAACUCAAGAUUGACUUCAGCCAAUGUUGUCAAAAAAGGGUACGUUUGGUACUUUUAUUUAUCUAGGCAUAGCAAAUCAACUUCAAUUACAAAUCGUGGAUUCUGAAUAUGAAGGAAGGGAAAUAAGAGUUUUAAUCAACGUCGAGGGUUUACCAAUAUACGUCCAUUCUAAACAACAAAUGUGGCCGAUAUUAUUGCAAAUAUUACACAAAGAUUACUAUUGCAAGCCUAUUGUAGUUGCAUUAUACUGCGGUGAUUCAAAACCACAUGAUGCUAAUGACUUCAUGGAAAAUUUUACGGAAGAAUGUACGACACUGAUCGAACAGGGAAUAGUUAUUAGUAGUACCUUGUUUACGUUUCGAAUUGCCGCAUUUGUUUGUGAUACGCCAGCGCGUGCCUUUAUUAAAUGCUGCAAAAGUCAUACUGGCUUUUAUGGUUGUGAACGUUGCGAAAUACGAGGGAAAACGGUUAACAAAAAAAGAAUUUAUGUUCAGACAAAUUGUACAUUGCGUACCAAAGAUUCAUUUAUAGCAAAAAGUCAAACUGAUCAUCACAUAUCAGAUAGAACAUCUCCUCUAGUUCGAAUCCCCGGAUUUGAUCCGAUCGGAGGGGUUCUGGACUACAUGCACUUAUUGUGUUGUGGCGUAAUGAAGAGCCUCUUGGAUAAAUGGCUUUCGAGUAGAAAACAAAUGGGAAGCAUCGGAAGACGUGGACGAAAUAACUUAACAAAAAUUCUUCUUAAUUUGUCAAUGCAAAUUUCUAUCGAAUUUCAACGGAAAUUAUUUGAUGUAACAAACAUAGCUAAUUGA